GCUUUUAGUGUAGCUUGGUGGACCAUGUUCAUGCAUUAAUUUUUUAGGCCCGCUGCCAGAGUGCCCAUGCGUCUCUUCCCGCAAAUAUCUAUUUUAAGAGGAGCCGCGUGCUUUGUGUGGGAGAUCUGAGAGAGAUACUUUUAUUUUAGAGAGAGAGAGAGAGAGAGAGAGAGAGAGAGAGGUGGGGGGUAAAGAAGAAGAAGAAGAAGAUGGAUCCGGCGUUGGGGUGGGCUGCGAGAGACGCUUCCGGUGUUCUCUCUCCCUUUUCUUUUUCAAGAAGGCCCGGAGGGGAGGAUGAUGUUACUAUAAAGAUACUCUAUUGCGGGAUAUGCCACACCGAUCUUCACAUCAUUAAGAAUGACUGGGGGAAUGCCGCAUACCCUGUCGUCCCUGGGCACGAGAUAGUGGGGAUCGUGACUGGUGUGGGAUCCAAUGUAGACAAGUUUAAAGUUGGGGAGAAGGUUGGCGUGGGCUACAUGGUCGACUCAUGCCUUUCGUGUGACAGUUGCGAGCAGGAUUACGAAAACUAUUGCGACAAGGUCGUAAACACAUCAAAUGGCAUCUUCAGCGACGGUACAAAAACUUAUGGUGGAUUCUCUGAUGCAAUUGUUGUAAAAGAGCGUUUCGUGGUUCACAUACCAGAGAGCUUGCCUCUGGACAAGACUGCGCCGUUACUCUGUGCCGGGGUCACCGUAUACAGCCCGAUGAAGUAUUUUGGGCUCAACGAGUCAGGUAAGCAUUUAGGGGUGGUCGGUCUCGGCGGGCUUGGGCAUUUGGCUGUAAAGUUUGGCAAGGCCUUCGGGAUGAAAGUUACGGUGAUAAGCGGCUCGCCUAGCAAGGAGAAAGAAGCAAUUGAGCACUUGGGAGCUGAUUCAUUCUUGGUUAGCCGCAACCCUGAGCAAAUGCAGGCUGCGAGAAGCACCAUGGAUGGUAUCAUCAAUACCGUCUCUGCCUUCCACCCAAUUUUGCCCUUGAUCUCCCUGCUGAAGGUACACGGAAAGAUGAUAAUGUUGGGUGGUCCAAAUAAGCCAUUGGAACUCUAUUCUUAUUCUCUAAUCCAAGGUGGGAAGAUGGUGGCUGGGAGCUGCAUUGGAGGAAUGAAAGAUACUCAAGAAAUGAUUGAGUUUGCUGGGAAGCAUAACAUAACUGCAGAGGCGGAGGUUGUCGGAAUGGAAUACGUGAACACCGCGAUGGACCGACUUGCCGCUGGCGAUGUGAGAUAUCGAUUCGUAAUCGAUGUGGCGAACACUUUGGUUGCAACUUAACCAGUUGGAGUAGAGGAAUUUUAACUGGUAGAUGAGAUUAUGUCACGGACAUUGGACGCCGUUGACCAAUAAUGAUCAGUUGGAACACUGAGGUGCUUGAAUAAAUCAGUUACAGAAAUUUCAACCCUCUUC